AUGGCCCUGGAGCUGAGCCAGGAGGCACUUCUGGAUUUUCUGUGCCAAGCAGGGGGCCGAGUGACCAAUGCCGCCCUGCUGAGCCACUUCAAGAGCUUCCUCCGAGACCCCGACGCGCCCCCCAGCGAGCACCAGCACCGCCGCGAGCUCUUUAAGCGCUUCGUUAACUCGGUCGCCGCAGUGCGCCAGGACCCCGACGGCACCAAGUGCGUGGUGCUCAAGAGGAGGUACCGGGACCUUUUAGGGGAGGAAGGGCUUCAGCGACCUCGCGACCAGCUGGCGGACACCGCCCCUGCGGGAGGAGCUGCUCCCUGCGCCCCGAGAGGCGCGCGCGGGAGGCAUCAGCAGCCCGGCCGGCGGCGCGGCCAGGAGCGAGGGGAGGAGCCGCCAGGGGCUGGCGCACGAGUCUCGGACGCAGGUUGCAAUGGACUCCCGGCCACUAGCGCCCAGGAGGCGGGCCCCGGAGGCGGCAGGCGAAGGGUCGUCUCGGGCCAGAGGGCGCCGGGGUCACCGGCUGCAGACGCUGCCGCUGCCGCUGGGAACCAAGCGCGGUGUGCGGCGGCGGGGACGCAGGGCCGCUGCUGCUGGGAAUGUCAACAGAACCGCUUGCAGGGGAUCCCAGGAGAGCAGCACCUGGACGCGUUCCGGGGUCCCGCCACUGCGGUGGGGAAGGAGGAGGCGCCGGCUCCGCCUGCCCGGGGUGAGCGCGGGGCUCCCGAGCCGAGGCUAGAAGGGGAGCCCCCUCCUGCUGAGCCGGCGCCCGACCCUGCAGCUGCCUUCUCACCUCCUACUACCGUCGAGGCUGCGGACAGCGCGUCUUCUCCACCGGCUCCUCCUUCUCGGCUUUCUCCUCCGGAAGAGCAGUGGGAGCCAUGGGCCCUGAGCGCCCUGCUCUCUUCCACUCUUCGAGAGCAGCAGCAGCGGCGCACUCUAGAGUGGGUGGCCAGACACCCCCAGGUGCCCGAGGCUCGGGACCAGGGUCCCACGCGGGCCUGGUCCAUACUGCCAGACAAUUUCCUCCAGCUGCCGCUGUCGGGAGCCUCUACUGCCUCUCACUCUCUCUUUCCAGUUGUACCCGAAGUGUCCUCAGAAUCCGGCCCCCGCGACCCUCCCAUGUCAGUCUUUCGCAGCAUCCGCUGUCAGUUAUCUCUACAGGAUCUGGACGACUUUGUGGACCAGGAGAGCCACGACAGUGAGGAGAGCAGUAGCGGGCCCAAAGAGUCCCCUGGGGGCUCUGAAGAUGGCCUGCAGGUGGCCCAGAGCUCCCCACUUCGGGAAAGACUCGGGAAUCCCGCGGAAGACAUUUUUGCAUCUCCCAAGGAGGGCAGUCCGGGCAGGAGCCCCCAGAGCCGCAGGAGCAGAGGGAGUGACCACAACGCUCAGCAAGUCCCGGAGGAGACCAAUGACCUGGCAGGCCACCCCCAGGAACAUUUGCCCUGGCCAGCUUCCAAGUUAAGGCGAUCCUUCAGGAGAAGGUCUCGGGCAGACAGGGCCAAAUUGUCGUCCUCUGAUGAGGAGGCGCUUGAUGAAGACUUGCUCAAAAGGAGCAGAGGCCCACCUCGCUCCCGAAGAACCUCCAGGGCAGGGGCAAUGCCCAGCCCAAGGACGGACGCUGCCUUCCUAUCAAAACCUGCAGAAGGGAAGGGUGUUGUUACUGAGCAGGAUCGGGCAAGCAACUCUUGGGCUCCCAGUAGGAUGGGGCCUGCAGCUUUGGGUGUGCACAGGCCUGAGCACAAGUCGUCCCUGGUGCCCCUAGAUGCCAGGGAGCAUGAGUGGAUUGUGAAGCUUGCCGGUGGCUCCUGGACGUGCGUGCUGACCUUAUUCCGGGAGGACCCCCACCUGGCUUUGUACAGAGACUUCUUGACUGGGUACACUGCCUUGCACUGGAUGGCCAAGCAUGGUGCCUUCAGGGUCCUACAGCAGCUGGUCUCUGGUGCACAGAAGGCAGGAAUAACUCUUGAUGUCAACGUGAGGUCCAGUUGUGGUUAUACCCCACUGCAUCUUGCAGCCAUUCAUGGCCACCAAGGGGUCAUCAGAGUGCUAGUGCAAAGGUUGUCUUCACGAGUAAAUGUCCGGGACAACAGUGGCAAGAAGCCAUGGCAGUAUCUGACCAGCAAUACCUCUGGGGAAAUAUGGCAGCUCCUGGGAACUCCUAGGGGCAAGCCCAUCUUCCCUGUCCAUCCCUUAGUCCGAAGUUCUUCCCCCACCAGGAAAUUCAAGAGCCGGGAAGUAUCUAGACAUGUUACCCGGAAGACUUCUCUGGCUGCAUUACUCAAAAGUCAGCACAGCAAAUGGAAAUCGGCUAACCAGUAUGAAAAAUUCUGGGAACGAGAAGGGCAUAGUGACUAA